AUGCAACCUACGCUACGCGCUCUUUCAACAAACCACCUGUUCUUGAUUUUGACAGUUUGGUAUUUAGUAUUCACUACCAUUGAUCGAUGGUUUAUGAACGCGAUAUCCAUUCAAAGUCAAUACAUAAUGUACAUAUCGAACUGUUGCAUUAGCCAUUUUAUUUACAAUAUAAUUAUCGAUGUUGCUUUACAAAGUCAAAUAUUAAGUGCUGCAUUUUUUGCUGGUUCAUCCCCGGGCAUUGCAGCUUACGCAUGCGGAUCCGUCGAUUCUUUUAGUUCAUACACAAAAAUCUAUUCUAUAUCACGAACUUUUAUCCAAGCUCUUUGUAACUGUCUGAUCCCAAUCACUUUGAUGCUUAUUGGCAGCUUGAACGGAGCUGCAAAUCAUGGUUUUAUCAGUCGCAGUGGCAUAACAACACUCGCAGAAUUGGUUCAAAUGCAUCAAGACUUAUAUAAUGUAGGUUUAGACCUAGCUAUUGUUUUAGCAACAGUUACUGUGGCACUUGAUGGUGAUAUUCUAACUGGUAAGUUAUUCAUUGGAAAAGAAUCAUCAGCUGUUCCAGGACUUUUACGUACACUGGGCGAACUAAAUGCGCACAAUUGA